AUGGUGCUACGAAUGGCGAGACUCACUGACGAUGCCGUCGAAACGUCUGGGAAAGAACCACGUCCACAGUCCAACUUUGCUGUUGAGUUCUUCGCUGAAUGGAGUCUUUGGCCUGAGAAUGAGGUAUACCGUCGAAUCCACGCGGGCACUUACCUUCCCCAUGCUAUCGGUGAUAAAGCUCGCUGGUUUGCUCACCAUCUAGAUGCUGUAUUGCAUUUCGUAUGGCCGUCUGAUCACUUAGUUUUACUUCCACCUACGCCUCCACUUCUAUUGCCGGAAACAUCUGGUAUCUUUCAUUCCAACCAAGCUAAAGACGAUGUC